AUGCAAGCACAGGGAACCAUGGCGAGCGGGCCCGGCGUGCUGGCGGCGACGCUGUCCGCGGACAUAGAGGGCGAGGCACCGCCGGCUCUGCAGGAGCUGGCGAGGAAGAACCGCCUCUCCGUCGAGGCGGCCACCAUCACAGUGCUGAAGCAGCGCCUGGUGCAAGAAUGGGCGCCCGAGUACGAGCCCGCGGACUACAAGCCCCCGAACCAGUCCUCGGACACGAUCUCUGAGCGCCACACGCUGGUGUCGAAGCGGCUGCUGCUCGGCGAGGUGCCCACGCUGCGCAAGACCAAGAUCCUGUGCACCAUGGGCCCCGCGUGCUGGUCCGAGGAGAACAUGUCCAAGCUCCUCGACGCCGGCAUGAACGUGGCGCGGUUCAACUUCUCGCACGGCGACCACGACGCCCAGGGGCAGGUGCUGGAGCGGCUGCGCAAGGUGAUGGCGAGCAAGGGGUCGCUGGCGGCGACGCUGCUGGACACCAAGGGGCCGGAGAUCCGCACGGCGAUGCUCAAGGACGGCAAGCCGAUCGACCUGGAGGCCGGCCAGGACAUCAUCGUGGAGGCCGUGGGCGACAAGUACACGGAGUUCCAGGGGCACAAGACGGAGACGGAGACGCGCAUCGGGCUGUCGUACGCGAAGCUGUGCACGUCGGUGAAGCCGGGGAACCGGAUCCUGCUGGCGGACGGGUCGGUGGUGAUCGAGGUGGUGGAGAUCCUGUCGGACACGGAGCUGAAGGGCAAGGUCCUGAACACGAAGACGCUGGGCGAGCGGAAGAACUGCAACCUGCCGGGGGUGCAGGUGGACCUGCCGGUGCUGAUGGAGAAGGACAUCCACGACCUGCAGAACUUCUGCUGCAAGCACAAGAUGGACUUUGUCGCAGCGUCGUUCGUGCAGUCGGCGGAGGACAUCCACUUCAUCCGGCGCGUGCUGGACGAGGCCGGGGGCCAGAACGUGAAGAUCAUCGCGAAGAUCGAGAACACGGCGGGCCUGGAGAACUACGACGAGAUCCUCAAGGUGACGGACGGCAUCAUGGUGGCGCGCGGCGACCUGGGGAUGGAGAUCCCGGUGGAGAAGGUGCCGCUGGCGCAGAAGUGGAUGGUGACGAAGGCGAACGUGGCGGGGAAGUUCGUCAUCUGCGCGACGCAGAUGCUCGAGUCGAUGGUGACCAACCCGUACCCGACGCGCGCGGAGAUGACGGACGUGGCGAACGCGGUGUUCGACGGCGUCGACGCGGUGAUGCUGUCGGGCGAGACGGCCAACGGCGCGUACCCCGACGGCGCGGUGGCGACGAUGGCGCGCAUCGUCAAGUCGGCCGAGAUCGGCAUCAACUACUACCAGACGUGGGAGUUCAUGCACGACUUCACCGCGAAGCCGGUGGGCGCGCCCGAGGCGCUCGCGUCGGCGCUGGUCAAGGCGUCCACGGAGGUCGUCCCGGGCCUGAUCCUGGUGUUCUCCGAGGCCGGGAAGAUGCCCCGCCUGAUCGCCAAGUACAAGCCCGCGGUGCCGGUGAUGGUGCUGACGACGAACGAGGCGCUCGCGCGGCAGUGCUCGACGCUGUUCGGCGUGUACCCGCACAUGAUCAAGUCGGCGCCCACGAACGCGCGGCAGAUGCAGCAGAUGGUGUGGAUCUGCAUGAACGACGCCGUCAAGUCGGGCCUGUGCGUGGCGGGCAAGGAGGUGAUCGUGAUGACGUCGACGCUGGUCAAGGGGCACGACAACAGCGCGUCGCGCACCGAGGACGCCGACCUCGAGGAGUUCCCCGAGCGCCAGCUGUACAUCACCACCGCGCCCGGGCGCCUCAACUUCGAGCAGCUGGGCCUGGCGCAGCCGUCGCGGUACGCGGACCGGCGCUCCGUGGGCAAGACGCUCUCGAUGCGCGCGGUCGACAUCAACCUCGACAUGCUCAAGUCCCCCGAGGCGGUGGUGCGCAAGACCAAGAUCGUGUCCACCAUCGGGGGGCUGGCCAACAGCGUGGAGAAGAUCAAGGCGCUGCUCGAGGCCGGGACGGACGCGGUGCGCGUGUACUUCGGGCAGGGCGAGAAGGCCGCGGCGACGUGCCGCGAGCUCAUCGGCAUGGCGCGCGAGGCCGCGAAGCAGGUGGGCAAGGCCGUGCCCAUCUACAUGUCGAUGGUGGCGGCGCGGAUGCGGUCGUCGUACCUGAAGACGGAGGGCGGCGAGCGCAUCAAGAGCGUGGACCUGAAGGAGGGCGAGGAGGUGAUCGUGCGCCUCGUGGACCAGGACCGGCUGGCGCACAUGGGCCCGGACGGCUUCGGGGGGACCACGGGGCCGAACGGGACGACGCUGGGGGUGUCGUACUUCGUCAACAUGCCGGAGCUGCUCCCGGGGCAGAAGAUCCUGAUCGACGACGGAUGCAUCACGCUCGAGGUGCAGGGCGAGAUGGACGUGGGCACGGUGCUGUGCAUCUGCACGGCCAACGGGACGCUCAGCGAGUACGGCUCCGUCAUCAUCCCGGGCGUGCUCAGCGCGCAGUCCGAGCUCCACCAGCUCCAGGAGACGGUCGGGACGCUCGUGGAGACGCGCCCGGAGCUGCUGGAGCUGCCGGUGCACCACGCCGAGGACGUGAACCAGGCGCGCGACAUCCUGGAGGACGCCGGGUGCGACUCGAUGCUCAUCGUCGCGAAGAUCCAGGACGCGACGGGCCUGCGCAACGCGGACGAGAUCCUGGACACGGCGGACGCGGUGGUGGUGGCGCGCGGCGUGCUGGGGCUCGAGAUCAACCCGGAGAAGGUCAUGCUCGCGCAGAAGGUGCUGACGACCAAGGCGAACGUGCUCGGCAAGCCCGUGAUCAUCGCGCGGCAGCACCUGUUCUCGAUGGUCAGCAACCCGCGCCCGACGCGCGCCGAGAUGACUGACGUGGCCAACGUGGUGCUCGACGGCGCCGACGGCAUCAUCCUGAGCGCGGAGACCUCCCACGGGUGCUUCGCCCGCGAGUCCGUCGAGACCGCCGCCGCCAUCAUGCGCAACAUCGAGUCGGCGUGCAACUACUACGCCAUGGGGUCCUUCAUCGAGGACUUCACCGCGCUGCCCAUGUCGACGCUCGAGGCCACCUGCGCCGCCUUCGCCGAGUCCCUCAUCGACUCGGCCGCCAAGGUCGCCGUCGUCGUCUCCACCAGCGGCCUCGCGGCCAACCUGGUCUCCAAGUACCGCCCCGCCGUGCCCCUCGUCAACGUCACGGCCAAGCCCUUCCGCGCCGCGGAGGGGGGCAUCCGCUUCGCGAUGAACACCAUGCUCGUCGACGACCUCGGGGCGCAGGAGGACGUCGACGCCCUCGUCAAGCGCGCCGUGCAGUUUGCGCGCGACCGCGGGCUCUACUUCGGCGGGGAGGUCGCCGUGCUGCGCGGGGCCGCGGAGCCCGACGCCGACGUCGAGCCCCUCAUGCAGAUCAUCGACGAGCCGAAGUGA